CAUUCUCUCUUCCUUCGCCAUCAUCGAAGCCACCCAAAAAGGUCAUGACUUCGUCGCAGGAUUGGACCCUAAGUCAAUCGGGCUAGUGAAGGAAAAGCUGAGCCAUUUUCGUCUCUACUGGCACGACGUUGUCAGCCGCCGGAAACCCACUUCCGUCCGGUUGGAAUAGCCCUCCAACAUAAGUGCCACUGGUUUCGGUAUCAUCAACAUGAUCGACGAUCCCUUAACUGACGGGCCGGAAAUGAGUUCCAAAAUGGUGGGAAGAGCACAAGGGUUCUAUGCGCUGGCGUCGCAAGAAGAAAUUGGCCUGUUGAUGUCUAUGAAUUUCGCCUUCAGGGAAGGGAAAUACAACAGCAGCACCAUCACGGUGCUGGGGAGGAACACGGUGUUUUCAAAGGUGAGGGAGAUGCCGGUGAUCGGUGGAAGUGGGCUGUUCCGGUUUGCAAGGGGUUAUCUUCAGGCAAGGACUCAUACAUUUGAUCAGAAAACAGAGGGUGCCAUAGUUGAGUACACUUGUUUUGUUCUGCAUUAUUGAUGAUUCUGACCCCUUUUGUGCUUCCUUUUUUUUUUGCUUCAGCAUAAAGAAAAAGAAAAGAAUGCCAUAAAUUGAUGAGAUGUAC